GGUAAUGGCGGGAGUGGAGGGAUAACAGGAAUAGCAAAUUAUGCCGAGGAGGUCGAAAAUCUUCGUUGCAUUGUCUCUUAUGUACGAUCCACAUUAAAACGGAAAGUCUUUUGUAUAUGUGGACACAGUAAAGGUGCAGCUGUGGUGCUUUUACAUGCGUCAAAGUAUAACGACGUUCCGAUAGUCAUCAAUAUUUCUGGCCGAUAUGAUCAUACGCAAGUUCCAUCGUACUUUACAUCAGAACAAAUGGAUCAAUUAAGAACAUCCGGUUCGUUUGUUUUCUGCAAGUUUGGACCGAAUAAAAAUCGGGAUUAUGUAGUUCAUCAGGAGGAUUGGGAGAAAAGGAAGAAAUUGGAUAUGUCUGUUGUAAAAAAUAUUGACCGACAAAAAUCCAGGGUUCUGACCGUUCACGGUUCCAAAGAUGACAUCUGCCCCCUCGAAGGAGCCCAGACAUACCAUACAUUGAUUGGUCCUGAGCCUUAUCACAAAUUGGCGGUGAUUCAAGAUGCAGAUCAUGUUUUUAAAGACACAAUGGGCGAGUUGGUGACCAAUAUAUUAUCAUGGCUCUCGGAGAAUGUCUCAUGGGUUUCUAAUGUAUACAGUACCAAGUCAGAUGGUCAACGUUUCCUAUUAUUAUCCGAGAAUUCGAUUAAGAUCAUUAAAGCGGAUUUGGAAUCUUACGUUUCAAUGGAAAUUUCUUCAAUCGCUGCUGAUUAUGGUUCAUACAAAGAUGUAGAACUCGUUUUUAUUGAAUCACGAGAAGCGUAUGAAAAAAUAGAUAGAGAUCUACUGAAGUUCAAUAAAUUAGUUAAAGAGAAGGACAAAAUUGCUCGAGCCGAUGCCAAGCUUCGAGUCAUAAGGGAAUCGUUGGAGGAGGCACGAAAAAUGUAUCAGGACAAAAAGUAUCUAUUUGUAGCCAUCGACAUCGAAAGUUAUGAAAGAGAUCAUUCUUGCAUUUUAGAAGUUGGAUGGAGCAUGUUUAAUUCAAAAACCAGCUUAUUUAUAGAUCGUCACUUUUGCGCGACCGAGCAUAAAUAUAAAAGAAAUGGUAAAUUUGUUGCAGAUAUGAAGGAUCGGUUUAUCUUCGGAAAGACAGUUUGGGCAAAUCUGAAAACGAUUGCCGACGAAAUUAUAAAAGACUUAACGGAGAACAGUGUCAAAGGGAGUGUUGUCCUAGUUGGACAUGAUUUCAAGAUGGAGGAAAAAUAUUUAGAAAGUAUGGGAGUUAAAGUUGACCAAUGCAUUAAGCCCGUAAGAAUAUUUGAUACCGCCGAGAUGAAUGCAGCGAGGGUUGGGAAACCCUAUGAACGAAUGUCUCUUGGAAGAAUACUAGACAGUCUAGACAUCGAAAAUUACAGUCUACACAAUGCUGGAAAUGACGCGCGUUACACUUUACUAUUAUUUCUCGAAUUAUGUAAACUUCCGCUUGCACCCCCAAAAGAAGAUUCUCAAACCAGCGACGAUACGGAUGAUGAUGAUGGAUUUUAUAUUUAA